AUGUCUGCCCAAGCCACGUUUGACCUGCCUGAUUUCUUUAUGGACUUUUUUAUUCCCCCAGAGUCCAUACUCCCGGCCGAUCAGUUUUCGCCUGAAUUCGUCUCCCUCACACAAUUGCUCGAGAAUGAAAACCACCACCAGGAAACAGAACUUCCUUUCUUGCAAACCCCAUCCUGCCGAACAGGCACAGUGGAGGCCGCGGCGCUAAAAAUGCAAGACAAAGGCGAGGAAAACACGAACCGCCCACGCCUCCGCAACCGCGCAAUUAGGCCGGCACCUCAAGGCAGUAGUGAAACAUCAAUAGAUGCCCGUUCCAAUCCUGCGCCACCGUUCUUAUUAUCCUACCCGUCAAUACCUAGCUCGUCAUCCUCCUCAUUUUCCAACUCUACCGCCGCCGCCAACUACAAUUCUGAAUCUAGAUUCGAUAACGACUCUCUCUCUCCAUACUCAGACCCUAGCAGCAAUAAAGUUGCGUCCUCACCACGCCGGCGGAACAGGGAUACGGACAAACGAGCAAAACACCUUGAGCGGAACCGCGUGGCAGCCAGUAAAUCGCGCCGGAAGAAGAAGCGGGAGACAAACCAGCUCCAGAACCAGUUCCAGGAAGUCUCGCGAAGGAAGUCUAGACUAGAGAUUGAAGUGAAGGACCUGAACAGCCAACUACUUUUCCUGAAAGAUCAGAUCCUAAUGCACUCGCGGUGCAAUGAUGAGGCGAUUCAUACUUACCUAGGGCACAUAGUAAAACAGACGGCCAGGCAUGACUUUUCUCAUGCUCUAACCAGUGAGGCAGACGACGAGGAUGAUCAUCAGUACAUGAUGAGUUUGCUAUCUAUGUCGCCCCCGUAG